UCUGCCUGCACUUGCUAGGCGGCUCUCCGGUGUUUCUUCACACUCUCUCCUAGUUUUGAGCCGGUUGCAUGUCUCGCUCCUCCCACUUCGCACGCCUUAGCUUGAUCAAAGUUUUGGCUGCACACCCCCCAGUGACUGCGUUCGAUCACUGUAAGCCAUUCGUUAAAUUACCGCCAAGCCUCAAGGUUCUUGUCGAUCUUAUGAUAUCCCAAAACUUUUGCAGAAUGUUGGAGACAGGCAAUUCGGACUUGGUAGCAAGAUGUCCCUCGGCUCACAUCACAUGGGCCCCAUCUCAUCCAUUACGAAUAGAUCACAACCUCCUUUCGUUGAGUCUUCAGAGCACCAAUGUAUCCCCUGUAGUUGGAUGAAGCGAGAACAUUGCCACAUUGGCACUCAACCUGUAUAGCGAGGCAUAGCCCGCACUGCCAUGCCCUCAGAUGUGUGCCCAGCCCUUCUCAUCCAACACCUGCAGCUCGUCGUAACUUAGCUCCAACGCCCGGUUG